AUGGCGACGAAGUUUGGCACAUCCACAAACAGUCUGGUUCUUCGGUAUUGGCCCAAAUGCAACACCCCCCCUGUUGCCGCACGCUACCUGAAUUCCCCUACCCAUCCGAUCCGGCCCAAAAUCGUCGAUCUCUGCGGACAUCGUGAAAGAAACACAUUAUGGUGGCGGGUUUCGGUGGCAAACAUUCAGCAAAGCAAGCGGGUGGUUCGCUCCUGGUGCGCGCGCAGAGUGCGCAUUGCUAUUGAGCAGGCUCUGAGGCAGCAAGGAUUGGAUAAACUUGGGAAACCGCUCGUUUCUGAGUCUCCUUCACAGAGCAAAAAAUUGGCAGGCACAAUGGAAAUCUAUGUUCAGCCACCGUGUAUAGCACAGGACUUCGAGACAGUCCAGAAGGAUGCACAUCACCUAAUAUCCUUGCUUCUGAAUCGUGAAUCACCGCGGAAAUGA